AUGUCCGCCCACGCUUCUUUCAUCAAUAUUAACUACCUCCCACUGUCGCAUUCUCCACCUCUCCAACUUGCUAUUAUCCUUGGCCAUGACUCCCCAGGAACAUAUGACGCACCUCCUGAGCGCAUCGAGCGAGAAGGGAAUGGUCUCGAACUCGCCAUCAAGAAGUUUCGAAUGUCUGCAUAUCUUUGGCAAGCCUUUACCGGCGAGCAGAUGAAGCGCUAUGGUUUCGGUCGCCGUUGUUUCCGCUUUGAAGAUGCUUGGGAGCCUGGAACGCUAAGUUAUCAAGACUGGGCACAAAACCAGUACAGGACACAAGCACAGGUGCACGUCAUUCGCUCUCGGAGAUCUGUCGCGGAAAUACGUGAUUUGCAACACGCCCAACAAUACGGCCCAGCCACAAAGAAGAACGAACUUUUCGACAUCGCCAUAGAGGCAUGUAGAGAUUACUUUCCAAUGGCGCCCGGUCAAAAGCGUUACGUAUCCUGCCUAUUCCUCGACACUCAUUGGGACACGCAAGAACAAACGGUCCGAGGACACGCGGCUUUGGGCGGAGGAACUGAAGACCUAGGACUAGCCAUCUUCGGGUCCCAUGCGCUUCACAGUUAUCCAUCAAGUAUAGAGGAAGUCUUCCAGGCUUUCCAGGACUGUACGCGAACCGAUACCACGUUUGUCGCAAAUGAUUGCGACGAAUCUGGAAGCAGCUGGGAGGCUGCCAACAUCGGAAUUGGCGCUCAUCUCCACGAAACAGGGCAUCUCUUCGGCUGUCCUCAUCAGGAGUCAGGUGUCAUGUUACGCGACUAUGUUACGCUUAAUCGCACCUUCACAUGCCGAGAGCCUUACUCCACCCGCACAAAGUCACCUGGUCAGCAGCUCGUGCUGCCUAACGACGAAUGCAGAUGGCACAAAUUAGACGUUCUGCGCUUCCGAUUUCACCCUUGUUUCCGGAUUCCAAUUGACAAUCCCAACAUCAAUGGAGACGGCAGCGUGCAGGUAUGGACAGUUGAUGUUAGUCAAGGUGGAGUGAUUGCAACCUCGAAGUCCGGCAUUGCGUGGGUCGAAGUGUUUGCUGAAGGAGACGAUGUUUGCCAUCACUGGAAAGAGUUUCCCGAAUCGGAAGGCCAAUAUCCACGACAGGUUGUACUGGAUGAAGGCAUGGUCCGUUCCCUCCUACCUAAAGAGAAACAGAAGUCACGCUUGAAGGUCGAGGUCUUUUCUGCAGGUGGAGGGAAGCAUGUUAUCGAGGACUUCAGUCAACUCUCUAACCAGAAGCAAGCCCGUGUCAAGAUACCAGAUGGUAGAUGGGGCUACCGCGGUGGCAAGUUGGGCUACUCGCAAAUGGAGGGUUCACGGCCAGAGGAAGUCAUCUUCGAUUACGUUCACAUUCAGACCAAACUCCUACUCAGCAUCAAGAUAUACCACGGCGCAGCAGUGGAUGGAUUAGAAUUUGUCUACGAAGAUACAGCAACCCAACUUUUCGGCAACAGAGGAGGUAGCAUGACGGAGUUUGCACUGGACACACGCAAAGGAGAGCUUUUGCUGGGUUUCUCUCUACGCGCUGGACUCUGGAUCGAUGGCUUGCAAAUACUAACCAGUUUGGGAAGGAAGAGCGAGUGGUAUGGCAAUCCGAACGGUGGUAGCGGACACACGCUCAUCCCUCCUCGUGGCUACACAAUCGGCGGCCUGUCCGGCUCCUGCGCACAAUGGCUUGACGGCUUCUCACUGAUCAUCACACGGUGAUUUCGUCCCUGCCCAGAUCAAAGUUCCAUCGCCUUUUUUUGCGCCGAGUGGCUCGUCGCAGAAUUACGCCAACACCCGCAUGUGGUUGAAUAUUGCUGUGGAUCGACAUCCUAUCUAACCCCGAAGGCGAUCGAUACCAGGCGCCUUCUUCGCCUCGAGACACGUAUAGAUGGGACAUGCUAAGAGCAGUACACUGUUGUUUUACAUGAGGCCUUCUGCGCAGCUAUCUUGGUUACCGAGCUAAGAGUUGAUUUGGUAUAUUUGCAUACCCGCACAUGGGCAACCCCACAGCAACACAGGGUUGCAUAUGGUUAGCAUUGAUGCGAAACACUGAGUGGACCCAUCACUCGGUCAUGGCAGGGAAGGACUUUGCUUCGCACAUUUACAGUCAUGAUACCACAGUCAUUAAGCUUGACUUGUUUUGUUUUGUUUUGUUUUGUUUCUCUGUAACACCGGCUCUUUGAGAAGAGAAAGCGUAAUAUCAAGGGCUUCUUGAAUAAUACAUGUCAUAGUUUC